UGAUUGUCGUCUAUGUAAUCCCACGCUCCUUCCUCGAUACCCCCUCAUGACCAGCAAUGUUGCGCACGAACUUUCCGACCGUCGACCCUCACCUACGGCCAGGUCCCAGCCACCACUUUCCUUUGUGCCGUCUAAUAUUCCAAGUUCGACGACUGAAUUAUCCAAUCCGAACGGUACUCUCGGGAUAGAGCGUGUGCAGAAGCCUGCGCAGAGUGCAGGCACCGACAAUCUUCAUGUCACAGAGUACCCCUCGAAAUCUUUGGCUACUCCCUCCGGUGCGUGUGGCGCCUCCGAUCCAGCACCUCAGAGUUCGGACAUUCCCAUGUCUAUCCCGAAGAAAGCUAACUUGUUGACCGAUCUGAUGGACACUGAGACAUCGUACGUGGAGCUGCUCGCCGGAAUCAUCAAGAAGGUGGCUGGCGCAUGGUCACGCUCGAACCUACCCCCACAGGAACUUGACACCAUGUUCCGAGCUAUCGAGAGUAUAUAUAAGGCCCACCGCUCGUUGCUGAUGAGACUCAAGGAUAUUGCUUUUGACCCCUCGUCUGCCAAGGUUCUCGGAGAUCUCUUGAUGGGAUGGGCUGAGGAGCUUGAGCAACCGUACGCGAGCUACUCCAGUAACUACUUGACGGGCUUCGACUUGUGGGAACCCGUGCAGGCGAACGACCGCGUGCGCACCGUCCUAGCCAUGUUCUCCUCCUCUUAUCCUCCCUCACUUCCUCCUUCCUCUCCCGAGCAUCCACCAGAUCCUCCAAUCUGGAAACUCGAUGGUCUAUUCCUGCUACCGCAGAGUCGUCUGAAAUACUAUCACAGGUUAUAUAGUCGGCUUCUGAAGAGUAGUGCCCCAGGCAAAGGGGAUCACGAACUCCUGUCGAAAGCCGUGGCAAAGGUGGAGAAACUGCUAAAUAUGCUUAGCAGUCGUGCAACCAUGCGAGUUGCUGUAAUGCACCAGAGCAUACAACUGGAGGGACGGUCGACAACGGCUCUAAUCUCAGCUGAAGCUUCGACCGCACAGCCCCCACGUGACAGUGUCCGUCGUCCUGAGGACCCCGCGGGUGAAGUAGUCUCUCACGACAGCGAUUUACAGUGGGGAUCCCCCACUAGAGCAAAUCCAUUGGCCACGCGCGGUCCCGAUAUCCAGAAGCGAGCAUCCACUCCCUCCGUCACAAUUACUCAUUUGGAAAGGCGCCUAUCCACCGACCGCACGCUCGACAUUUUCACUAUGAAACCGAAGGAAAUCCGCCUGCAGAUCUCCCCUCCGUCUCUACAAUACGCUCGCGAAGUGCGCUUUUCAGCCGAUGUUGCAAUCCAGCUCACUCCUCAGUCAACGGGAGUGGAAGUGCGGCAAGAAAGGGGUCGCGUCUUCGUACUGACCGACCUUCUUCUUGUAUGCGAAAGCAUGACACCUGAGGAACAAAUCCGACAUGGGCAGGAUGGUCCUGAUAUGUGGUUGCUGUAUCCUCCAUUCGCUGGCAAGCAUCUUCAGACAGGUCCAGUCGAGAAUUCAACAACUGCUAUGUCAAUCAACAUCAUUGGCAAGGAGAUCUUGAUCCUAAAUGCACGGCUACCUCAUAUACGCGAUCGGCUGCUUUCGGAGCUGUCAAAUUGUAUUGGUGCAUUUGCCAAUCUGCGGACGUCGAUCAACAAGUCUGCACCUCCGGCACCUCAGGACCCCACAUAUCCGACAUCCCCCUCAACCGUAUCUUGUCAGCAGUCCUCCGACUCGCCACUUAGAUAUGCCGAAACACAUAGCGGGAGCAUGGCUCCUCCAGCUCGGGUAUUGUCACCUAACGAUGACUCUUUAACUCCGCUCAACCCACCUCGUGCCGCUCAACAACCCAUCCCGUCUGAUACCUCUUGGGUUAGUGACAUGACAACGCUCGCUCUAACAGAUGCAAGCAAGCCGCAGAUGCAGCGUCUCCUGUCGGACCCAAACAAACGAAAGUAUCCUCCUCGAUCAACCUCCAUAGCUCCAGAGCGACGUCAUGCACAACCUCCUGGCGGUCCCCCCUUGCAGCCGUCUUUUUCUCCAGGACAAGUUGUACCUCCUCAAGUUGCGCAUUCAGGUCAGCUCGCUCACGGCGCAUCCUUCCGUCCAGGACAAAUCGUUCCUAUAGAGGCUUUCACGCAGAGUCAGCCAGCGUUUAUCGAUCUGGACAGUUCACAGUCAUCGUUCAAUCCUGGGCAGAUAGUGCCAGUUCGGAGGGGUACGAGCAUGAGAUCUGAGCACUACUAUGUUAAUGGCGAGAUUGCUUCUCAGCCACCUAUAGGGCAAUAUCCUUCUCAGGGAUUCCGUUCUGGUGGCUUGGACGCCUUUUCUAAUGAUCCUGGUCAAUUUGCGAAUCUCACCUCUCGUUCACUCGUAGAAUCUGCAGGUCCUGGAAGCUUCCGCAGGCCUGUCCCGUCACGGUUACCGCGUUCUCAAUAUGACACAAUGUCCACGGCGUCUGCACCUAUCGUGCCUGCAUUCUCUCGUGACGCGCCACAAUCAAGACCGAACUUCUUCCCAAGGGCAGAGUCACUGAGCUCGAUGCGCUCGCUACACCCACAGCUGCAGCCGCGACAUCCACCGUUGCUGCCAUCCCAGCAAAUGAGACUACCUCCGGUCCCUGCAACGCUGCAAGAAACGAGCCCCCCAUGCUCGCCUGUGGAAGAGACGCCUCCCUGGACCGGACCGACUACAACACAUAUCACGAUGCAGAUGAAGUGCAAGGUCUUCCUUCAGCAGCAGCACCAGCAAUGGAAAUCCCUUGGCUACGCAAAUCUCAAACUGUAUUGCGAGCUCCCGACCUAUGUGAAGCAGCUCGUCGUGAAUAAAGACAAAUCUAUUCUCAUUUCCACGAUCAUCCUGGCAGAUGGCGUGGAACGGGUUGGCAAGACAGGCGUGGCCGUGGAACUCAGCGAUAGAGGACGGCGGAGCGGGAUUAUUUACAUGUUACAGCUUCGGAACGAAAAGUCCGCAGAAGAGCUCUUCGAGAGACUUAUCGCGGGAUCCGACAGGUCUGCCCCAACUAAGAAUGCGCAUUAAUUGUAGUCUCCAUGUUAGCACCGUAUUUGUGCUCGCACUUCGGUGUAUUAUAGGAUCCAGUACUCUACAGCUGGCCCACGAUUUAUUGAUUGUAGCAAAUACAUAAUUCAUAGUUCAUGCAC